UUGUAAAAUACUAUUUGAGAUCAUUUCUUGUAGGUGACACGCAGAACGUGAGUAAGACGUUAAAGUGUGCUUUUAGCUUUCAUAUAAACAGAGAAGCGACAGAAAGUGCAGCAAAGGGAUGAGACUGGAGCUUGACUCAGAAGGCGCACCGCAGCAGCAGAGACGCCCACACAGGCUGAAGGAGUGACAGACAGCUAUAAAACAGAGACUCGGUAUUUGGGUGUCCUUUAAAACCUGUAAGCCACCAUGAAACAACCAGAUGGAUUCAUCCCUGGAAACUGCUCUAUUAAGGAGAUCAAUGCCUUGGACUUAAUCAAAGGAAAACGAGAUUUUUGAUUUUUUUCUUUUUCAUCUGUCGAUGGAUGGAAUUCUUUCCUGAACCCUGUCUGUGGAGAAUCUCUGCAUACCUGUUUGACAAGGAAAACUAUCUUCUGGGUCUUUUUAUGGACUGAAAGUUAUAUCUGAACUAUAUAAGGCCUAUAGCCUGCUAUAAUUAUGGACCUCAUGACCUCCAGGGUUCAGUAAUGUUAGCUUUGAGCCACUUCAACUGCUCAGGCUCCCCGCUCCUCCCUUAUAUCUCUAAUGACAGUGGAGGGAAGGUGGAGGCCAAGGUGGCUGUUGAAGGGCUGUUACACCAUGGAAACCUCACCCUGUUGCAACCCACCACCAGUGGUGUUAUUGUUGUCAUAUUGUCCAUGACACUGGGUAUCAUCUCCAACAUUGUGGCUCUCUUCAUCCUGGUAAAUGCGUACUCCCUACAGCGCAGGCGCACCAAAGCCACAUUCCUACUUUUUGCCACAUCACUGGUGGUCACAGAUUUUAUCGGCCAUCUGAUCCCUGGUGCCCUGGUUCUCAGACUUUACCUCUCUGGAGGUGUGCACCCCGAGGACUUCAACUCUUCUGACAGGAUGUGUCAGUUCCUGGGUGGCUGCAUGGUGUUCUUUGGCCUGUGCCCGCUCUUCAUGGGCUGUGCAAUGGCUGCUGAGCGCUGCCUAGGGGUCACUAAGCCACUGCUGCACUCAUCCCUGGUCACCAAAACCCGCACAAAGAUCUGUCUGUCUGUCAUCUGGCUGGCAGCUCUGUGUGUGGCCCUGCUCCCCUGCUUACAGCUGGGCUCUUAUACCUAUCAGGACCCAGGGACCUGGUGUUUCAUUAAAGUGCUCAGUGACACUGCAGAGUUAGAUGUGGCCUUUGUGGCUCUGUUCUCUGGACUAGGCUUGACCUCACUAACCGUGUCAUUAGUGUGUAACACCAUCAGUGGACUGACGCUGGUGCUCUAUCGGCUUAGGAGGCAACCCGGCUCCCACCACACAGCGAAGUCCCACGACAUAGAGAUGGUGGUGCAGCUGGUUGGCAUUAUGGUCACUUCAUGUAUCUGCUGGAGCCCUCUGCUGAUCUUCGGCCUGAUGUGUGUGAUCCGCUCCUACACAGGAUCCAUAGGUGAGGACCUUACAGGCUAUAAGACUCUGAUGGUGAUGGGCGUGCGGCUGGCCACAUGGAACCAGAUCCUCGACCCCUGGGUCUACAUUCUGCUGCGUCGCACCGUCCUCCGCAAGAUCUACCUCAUUACUAAGUGCCAGUCCGGCCUCAGAGCUAAUAUGAUAAGCCGAUGGGAGCCGUCUUUUCACAGCUCAGAGAAGAAUGAAGUCAACCGAGUCUGAGCAGACAGAGAAACAGAUGAAGACAUUUGUUUAUGUACUCCGUCACCAGGUCAUUAAGAAUACAGAGACCUUUUUGAAGGAGAGAUUCACAUGGUGACAAGUGGAAGGAACUAACUUUGUGGCAGUUAUGGUGAAUAAAUGAACAAGUUUUACACAUUUCUUGGUCCAUUUAAGACUGGUCUAAAAAUGGGAAGCUAGCAAAUGCUAUGUUUUGCACAAAAUGUCAUCAUCUUUUUACAGGUAAAGUGAACAUUCCUCGUUAUUAUUUUGUUCUUGGACACUUUUUGCCUCAGUUUAUGAACGCAGUACUAGCUAGGCUCCGUCCAGACACAGAUACGUUUCUAUAAGUGAUAUUUAAAUGGUAAAUGGACUUGAGCUUGCAUAGCGCUUUUCUAGUUUCCUGAGUCCUCAAAGCGCUUUUGCACUGCAUGUUAACCUUCCCAUUCACAUCCAUUGACACACAUUCACACACUGCUGGCAGAGGCUGCUAUGUACAGUGUCCAUCAGUAUUAACUAAUCCCAUUUAUACACAUUCAUACUCUGCCAAUGAAGCAGUGGGAGCAACUUAGGGUUAAGUGUCUUGCCCAAGGACACAUUGAACAUGUAGCUGCAGGAGCUGGGGAUCGAACUCCACCGACUCGACCACUGAGCCACAGGCGCCCUGAGAAUUAUUUGGUUGUAUUUCUCAACCUAAUUUUAACCAGCUUAGAAAAUGAGAAAGAAUUUCACUCACAUUGAGCAAAAUGUAGAAGAGUGAAGCUUUAUAAGUAUAACCAGCAGAGGAAUUGAACUUUGCAUUAGUAACUCCGCUGAAUGUAUUCCAUAAAGAAAAGUAAACUGCGGUGUUUAUAUGUGUUUUCUUUUGCUUGUGUUUACAGUGCUUAAGACAAAAUAAUAUAUUUGAAGUCAAUACUUGAAUUUUAUCAAACGUUUAAUGGAGCUCUGUAAAUAAAUCUGAAUUGAAUGUCAAUAAAAAAAAUUGAGAUGUG